UUGUUUUCCUGUAUCUGCUGAGAGUGUAUUCCCGUCUCUCCUACUGAUGCGCUGUUGCUGCCCCAGUGCGGCUGUACGAUACACACACAAGUCUGAGAGCAGCAGCGGAGAGACGCUCGUUUAAAGCCUAAUCUAACUACCCAUCAACCAGCCUGGAGCUGUGCGAGAGAAUGAGGCUGCGGGGGAGCCGUGUUUAGGGGCGGUGGGUGACCCCCGCACUGGAUGCAGGAGGCUACUCGUCACCGGGAACUGACUGGUUUGGGGAAAAGCUUGUAAAUGUAUGUUUUAUCCAUGAUGGCAGAUCAUCCGCCUCCUCCACUGGACAACACUCAACUUCUAACAACUGACAUCCCUCUUCUACACGCUCCCAUUGUCAAUGGUGAAGGAUCACAAAAGGUUAUAUUGGUGCAAGUCAACCCUGGGGAAACGUUUACAAUAAGAAGAGAGGAUGGCCAGUUCCAGUGCAUUACAGGCCCAGCUCAGGUUCCUAUGAUGUCUCCUAAUGGUUCUGUGCCGCCAAUUUAUGUGCCUCCGGGAUAUGCUCAGCAGGUGAUAGAGGAUAAUGGAAUGCGCAGAGUUGUAGUGGUCCCACAGCCUCCAGAUUUCCACACAAGUGGUCAUACUGUUAUCCACCGGCCACCGCCUCCACUGCCAGGUUUUAUUCCACUCCCAGCUAUGAUGCCUCCCCCACCUCGUCAUAUUUACACACCGCUUAGUGGCGCAGGAGACAUUACUUCCCAGUACACCCCACAGUAUCACCCUUCACAGGUAUAUGGAGAGCUGGACUCUAUUUCUACACAUGGAAGAUCGAACUUAAGAGAUGAAAGAUCCAGUAAAAUACACGAACGAUUACAGAAGAAGUUGAAAGACAGACAUGGUGGGCAAAAAGAUAAAUUGAACAGCCCUCCCUUUUCACCUAAGAAAUGCUGUUCUCCAGAAAAUGAAUCAAAUGGACACGUUAAAGGGCAGAAUGUUAUUAGUGUUACUACAGGGCAGUCAAAGAACAAGCACAAAGGAAAAUCUGGUCCUCAAGAGGAGACUGAAACACAAGAAAAGGAUGAAGAAACAAAAGCACUAGAAACUCAACUUUCAAACAUGUCAAAGCCAACUGUAUCCGAAAUACAAGCAAGAAGUGUCCUCCUUUCCUGGUCUCCACCGUCCAGAAUAUUCAGGGAAGAUGUUGAUAUAACAAGUACUCCAGACCUGUACACUUAUGAAGUCCUGAUUUCUAAUAGUGGGAAGGAUGGCAAAUAUAAGAGUGCAUAUAAUGGUGAAAAAACUAGUGUUACAGUGGAUGACCUGAGACCAGCAACGGAUUAUCAUGCAAGAGUUCAGGCAGAAAUGAACGGUGUCAAGGGAAACCCAUCAGAAAGUGUAAGCUUCACCACAAUGAGUUGUGAGCCAGAAACGCCAAACCCUCCGCGAAUAACGAACCGAACCAAAAAUUCGCUCACUCUCCAGUGGAAGCCAUCUUGUGACAACGGCUCAAAGAUACACAGUUAUCUUCUGGAGUGGGAUGAAGGAAAAGGCAAUAGUGAGUUUUCCCAGUGUUACUACGGACUGCAAAAACAGUUUAGAGUAACAAAGCUCUCACCAGCAAUGGGAUAUACCUUCAGGCUUGCAGCUAAAAAUGAUAUGGGUAUAAGUGGCUUUAGUGAAGAGGUAUUGUUGUACACCUCCGGCAGUGCUCCAACAGUGCCAGCAUGCCCAACGCUUAUUAAAGCAGGAAUUAGUUGGUUAUCGGUGCAAUGGACUAAACCCUCAGGUACACCGUCUGAUGAAGGAAUUUCUUAUAUUUUGGAAAUGGAAGAAGAAACUUCGGGUUAUGGUUUUAAGCCAAAAUACAAUGGAGAUGACCUUACAUGCACAGUGAGAAAUCUUAGGCGAAGUACAAAGUAUAAAUUUAGGGUCAUUGCAUACAAUACAGAAGGUAAAAGCAGUCCGAGUGAUGUUGUGGAGUUUGUGACUUGUCCUGAUAAACCAGGUGCCCCAUCAAAGCCCUCUGUUAAAGGAAAAGUGCAUGCACAGAGCUUCCGAAUAAUUUGGGAGCCACCGAAGGAUAAUGGAGGUGCACCAAUUACUAAAUAUGUUGUGGAAAUGUCAGAAGAUGGCAGUGGAAACAAAUGGGACGUUGUAUAUAGUGGCACAGCCAGGGAACAUCUGUGUGAUCAUCUGAAUCCAGGAAGCACCUUCCGAUUGCAUGUUUAUUGUCUCAGCGAUGGUGGUCAGAGUCCGGUAUCCGAUUCACUAAUUGUACAGACUCCGGCUGUGGUUCCUGGUCUUUGCCUACCACCAAGAGUCCAAGGCAAACCAAGAGCAAGGGAAGUUCAACUGAGAUGGGUGCCACCUCAAACAGAUGGUGGGUCCCCAGUCACAUGUUACAGCAUUGAGAUGUCAUCUGAUGAGCAUAAAGAAGUGUAUCAAGGGUCUGAAGUUGAAUGCACAGUGGGCAACCUUCUUCCAGGAAAGGCUUACAGUUUUCGAGUGCGAGCAGCCAACAAAACUGGGUUUGGACCCUUUUCUGAUAAGUGUGAAAUCACCACUGCUCCAGGACCACCAGAUCAGUGCAAGGCUCCUCAGAUAACGUGCAAAUCUGCAACAUGUGCAAUUAUACAUUGGGAGGCCCCAAACAACAAUGGUGCAGACAUCACAGAAUACCGUGUGGAAUGGGGAGGCAUGGAAGGAUGUAUGCAGAUUUGCUACAGCGGACCUGGUUUUUCUUAUGAGAUAAAAGGCCUCUCUCCAGCAAUAGUCUAUUACUGUCGUGUUCAGGCUGUGAAUGUUGCUGGCCCAGGCAUCUUUAGUGAUGUGGUUGCUUGUUUAACUCCAGCAUCAGUGCCAGCUGCCGUCACAAGUCUUUGGGCAAUACAGGAAGAAGAAAUUGAUAACCCACAGUACUGUCCUUCCACAUGCCUUGCUAUACAGUGGGAAAAGCCCUGUGACCAUGGAGCAGAAAUUAAUGCUUUUUGCAUUGACUAUGGGGACAAGCAGACAAUCAUGGUUGGAAGGUCUACAAGUUACAUUCUGGAACAUUUGCAGCCUGACACAACGUAUAGAAUCCGUGUUCAAGCGCUAAACAGUCUCGGUGCUGGUCCUUUCAGCCAUUCUAUAAAAGUGAAAACGAAGCCUCUUCCAGCUGAGCCUCCACGGCUGGAAUGUGCCGUCUUUAGCCACCAGAACCUCAAGUUAAAGUGGGGAGAUGGAACAUCUCGGGCAUUACCUACAGAUUCCAUUCAAUAUCACCUUCAGAUGGAGGAUAAGAAUGGAAAAUUUGUAUCCUUAUAUAGAGGACCAUGUCAUACAUAUAAAGUACAAAGGCUCAAUGAGUCAACAUCAUAUACAUUUCGUAUUCAGGCCUGUAAUGAGGCUGGGGAGGGACCCUUUUCCACAGAAUACAUUUUUACAACUCCCAAAUCACUUCCACCUGCCUUAAAAGCCCCAAGAAUAGACCGAAUAAAUGAUCACAGCUGUGAAGUUACUUGGGAAUCUUUACAGCCCAUGAAGGGAGAUCCUGUAAUCUACACUUUGCAAGUGAUGGCUGGGAAGGAUUCUGAAUUUAAACAGAUUUAUAAGGGACCCAGCACAUCGCACCGUUACUCUGCCCUCCAGUUGAACUGUGAAUAUCGUUUCCGCGUAUGUGCCAUUCGCCAGUGCCAAGAUGCUGCAGGACCUCAGGAUUUAAUUGGUCCUUACAGCGCCACAGUCCUUUUCAUUUCUCACAGGAGUGAACCACAAACCAGCACCAACAAAGACACUGUGGAAGCCACAAGGACAACAAGGACGCUUAGUGAUGAGCAGUGUGCUGCCGUCAUCCUUGUGCUGUUUGCUAUUUUCUCCAUUCUAAUUGCCUUUAUUAUACAAUACUUUGUUAUCAAAUGAGAGAAACCCAUCUAGCUUUACCCAUUCCAUUUUUACUUUACGUCCUAAAAAUAAUUACAUUUAUUUUUUUGAACUCUUGCUUUUAAAAACUGGUGGCAUAAGCACAGCAUUGCAAAUACUGUAGAAUGCCAUGUUUUCAUCCACAUGAACCACCAUGCUACCGUCUCACGGGCCUAAUGACUCUAAGGUACACUUAAGCCACCAGGCAGGCCAUGAUUCUUUACAAUGCCAUUUUAUUUAAUGUUUACACGUCCAAUGAUUCUCGCCUGCUCCAUAGAUUCAGAAUCAGGUCUAUGGAGGAAUAAUAAACAGAUUUGAUUUUUUAGAGGGUCACCUUAAGUGCUGCAAAAAAAUGUAAAAGGGGAAUGCUGUGAACGGAAUCUUAGCGCUGUACUUCUACCUCUUCUGUGUCUUCAUUUUUAACAUUUUUCCUGCCUGGUACAUUGCAGGCUCCUGUUAUUGGGAAAUCAUGUUGGAGGUUCAACUCAGGCAGAAAAAAAAACACACAACUGGAAUUUCUAGCAUAGUCAAUUAAAACAAACCAAUAAAUAUAUAAAUAAUUACAUGUAUAUAUAUAUAUAUAUAUAUAUAUAUAUAUAUAUAUAUAAUUCACUGCAGAUAUCAAUCAGAUAAUGAUAACAGAACUGUAAGAUGCCUAAUGAAAAAUGCCUUUGUAGAAGAAUACAACAUGGAGACACAGGAAAUCUAAUCUCACUUUUAGGCACAAGUUUAACCCACCUUUAAAACUUUGGUUAAUAAUUAACCUAUAAUCACCAGGGCAUCUUGAGGGAAGGGUCCAUAAGACAGUACAGGGGUUAAUACAUUUCUCUUACUUUGCUGCAGAUAUCCAGGUUUGCUCCAGCACUUUAGGUAAAGCAUAUCUAUGUAUGUGUCUAAGUAUCAAUUUGUUAUCACUGAUUUUUACUGUCUUAAUCCAACUGCCCCCUUGAUUUCCAUCAGAGCUAAGCAUUGAACGUGUUAUCUUAGUUUUUCCUCUCACCAAAACUUUGUAAUUUGCACCUGAAUCUUUUUAAGCUGCUUUAUUACUUGGGAAAAAAAAAAUGUUUAAUGUUAUGUCUGUCAGGAUUCUGUACCAAACUGUUGAUUGCAUGUAGUUUAAUGUUGCAUAGGAGCACUUUGCAAUUGCAUAAUUCCUGUUCUGUGAGCUUGUGUUGGUGAGUUCUGGAAUGAUCAGAUUGAAGUAUGACUGACAAUUUCACAAUGAACUGCCAGCUUAUGUGAAGCUUCUGCUAUAACUAUUUAAAAACAAUUGUACCACAUUCACACUGUUAUACACUUUUUACAUAAUUUGCUUUAUUUUUAAUUUAUUAUAUCAGACUAUUGAAUCACUAAUGUUUUAGUUGUGUUGGCAUUAGCAUUUUAAUGGAAUCAAGCACUUCUAUCUGUUCAAACAGAAGCUGUUUUGUGCUUUCGAGAUCUUCAGAGACUUGUUCCUUUAAUAGACAAUGGGCAUGUAAUGUUUUUGUUUCUCUGUCAUAUCUGUGUUGUAGAAUGUUUUUGUUACAACAAAUUAUAAACAUAGGUCUUCUGAUAGUAAUAAUUCUCUGUCUUUGAAUUGUGAUGUGUUUACUUUUUAAUUAUUAUUUUUUUGUUAAUUUUUAUGUAUUGGCUAAUAUGUUUUCAAAUAACACACUCAUAAUAAAUAUAUAUAUAUAUUAUUUUUUCUAGAACCUUCUAAAAGUGCCAUCUUUGGCUGGUAUAAAUGAGGUUGCGUGUAAUAGCCCAGAUAGUUCUACGUGGUUGAAUGUCUAAAAUAUGAAUUGUCACAGCAGCUAAUCUGUAGGAAACUAUGUUUUUCAAUAUUCAAAUUAAUUACUAUUUUUGAUAAUAAAUGUCAUUUAAUGGUGUAUUUGCUAUGAAGUAGCAACGCAGAUUUCUGCAGUGAAAAAAAUAAAUAAUUUUUAAAGUAACCUUAAUUUUACCUCACAUUGUACAUUCCAAAAAAACUAAACUUUUUAAAAUCUUCUAGGUACACUACCAAACAACACUAGAAAUGGUAUAAUGCUGAAUUAAUUGAAAAAAAGAAAAUGUAUAAAUCUCAUAUAAAUAUACAUAAACUAUGUAGCAAAAAAAAAAUCUUUACAAUCCAUGAAAAAUAAAAAGUAUCAUUCUUU